AUGGCGAUGGAGCUGAGUGAAUGGUCCCACUCUCGAUCGAGUUGGACUUCACUCCAUUCCGACGACAGAAGCGAGCAAGCCGCGUCUGAGACUCCUCGUAAACCCCAGUUCCAAUCAGGCUGGAGAUUCAGUCUCUUACUCGGUACUGCCAGCUGCGCCGUCGUCUUCAUCAUCAACCUCGCCGUCACCAUAUGGGCUACCACACGGAACAAGAAGAACAAGAUCGGCCUGCCAGUUCUUCGAGAAGGCCGGUGUUCAGACAUGCGCCUAUGGAAUUCCGGGCUACAUCUUUUAAUCAACGCCCUCAGCUCCGUCCUACUAGCCGCCAGCAACUAUGCCAUGCAAUGCAUCUGUGCCCCCACCCGUGCCGACAUCGACAAGGCACACUUUGAGGGGAAAUGGCCAGACAUUGGUGUGCCGAGCGCACACAAUCUUAAUCACAUCCCCAACAACCGAUAUCGUCUAUGGCUUGUGUUGGCGGUUACGUCACUGCCGUUGCAUCUUGCGUAG